AUGGGUUCACAUACGUGCAUGCACUUUUUUGUCCUUCCAUUGCCAAUUCUUCUGUUUGAUGAUUAUGAUGAGUUACCCAAUCAAUUCCUCAAGAUACAUGAAGAAUUUGAUGAAAAAAAAUGCAUUAUUGAGCAAAAUCAGCACGAUGAUUUUGCAAUCCCACAUAAUUAUGGUAAAUCUGAGUAUCAAAGGAAAGAUAUGGUGUCAAAGAAGGAAGAUGAGAUAAAUAUUCAAGAUCACACGCCCAAAAUUAAUGGAGAUUUACUACACCAAAUAAAAGGCAAAUCUGCAGCUACAAAUGACAGAACAAGAAAUAUGACUCAACAGAGGCACGAUCCUGACUCUUCCCGUCAAAACAACCCCAUGAUGCGACGCAUGACACCUACAGAACCUUCUAUUUCUGAUGCAUCUACUACUUUGCCAGGUCAUGACUUUCCCUCCACUAUUGACGCUCUUGAAUUUGCCCAUCUUCCUGUUCCUGUACAUCAACAAUCUCCUGAUGUUGUCGCGCCUUCACCUCGUGCAACCACUGAACCUUCUUCUCCAGACCUUGCCCCAACUCUGGAAAUUCAGCAACCUACUCCAACCGUCAGGGUGGUGAACAACCAACUCGUAUGGACCUUUUCCUCAUGGUUCAAGAAAUCCAAAGAUGAGUGCAAUUUAGCAGAAGGACAAAAAAAAAGAUUAAUAUUUCCAGGAAAAUCAUCGACAAAGAAAAAGAAGAAGAACGUAUUGUCUAAGUUAGAAAUAUCACUAGAAGGUGACGGAAACCCAAAGCAGUCCAAACCAUCUGAACAUCAUGAUGCUCUUGAUGAUGUUCAGAGGGAAACAAUAUUUAGGAAAUCAACAACAAUUGUCGUGAUUAUUAGACAAGUCGAAAUGGAUGCAAUACACUCAGCACAGCAAGCCACGAUCAAGGUAUACUGA